CCAUCUCGUGCAGGCUAUCGGUCGACCCAAACAAUCGGAGAUCUCUCACACAUCCUCUGUUGCUCGAUUUAGCUUCACCACGAACAUGGGGUUCGGCGAUUUCAAUUCCAUAUGCGAGAAGGCGCCGCUGCCUCUGUGCUCGUUGGUCGGCCCGCCCUCCUCCAUAUCGGGCUCGACCGGCAUCAUACCCAACUGCUAUGCGCGGAACAUCGAGGUCGCCAACACCAUCAUCUUCGAAGGUGCUGCGUGCUUCCUUCACUUGAUUGCGCUGGGUAUGACCGUGAUCAUGAUUCUACACAUCCGGUCCAAGUUCACUGCCGUCGGUCGCAAGGAAAUCAUCACAUUCUUCUACAUUUACAUGCUCCUAACCAUGUGUUCCCUGAUCCUCGAUGCGGGAGUAACUCCCCCCGGCAGUAGCCCGUUCCCAUACUUUGCCGCCGUGCAGAACGGCCUGGUCUCGGCACUGUGCACAUCCCUGCUCGUCAAUGGAUUUGUCGGCUUCCAGCUCUACGAAGACGGGACAUUCCUCUCCGUCUGGCUUCUACGGUUAACCUCCGCGGCGAUGUUCCUCGUAUCCUUCCUGAUCUCCCUCGCGACCUUCAAGUCAUGGGGCGGCCUCGGGCCAACCAACACCGUCGGCAUGUUCGUUGUAACAUACCUUCUAAAUGCCAUUUGCAUCGCCAUCUACCUGGUCAUGUCACUUUUGCUCGUCAUGAACACGCUCGAAGACCGCUGGCCUCUAGGUCACAUCGCAUUCGGUCUAGGGGUCUUUAUCUGCGGCCAGGUGCUUCUCUACGCAUUCAGCGAUCUGAUCUGUGAUAAUGUGCAGCACUACAUGGAUGGGCUAUUCUUCGCCACCUUCUGCAACCUCCUCGCCGUCAUGAUGGUGUAUAAAUUCUGGGACUACAUCACCAAAGAAGAUCUCGAAUUUUCCGUCGGAAUCAAACCCAACACCUGGGAAGUCAAGGAACUCCUUCCCGAAGACGAUCGCCGCCAAACCGCAUACCAGGAUGCAGGCUCGGAGUAUGCCGGGAGCAUGUAUCAUCACCACCGGGCUUCCACCUAUCACACCCACAACAAGAACUAUUAGCCUAUUCAAGUCGUGUCGGUGUGUAUUUUACACUUUUCUCCCUUUCCUUUCCCCUGCCGUGAAACGUCCAACCGCACGCUCUAUCCGAUGUCGAUGUCUCUACCGCCCGACCUUCGCCGAAUGAUUUCUCUGCCGCCCGUCCUCCAUCCCCGGGCUAUCCCUGCAGUGCAGUGCAGUCGCAUGCAGCGCAGCCAUAGAUCAUUCAAACCUAC